GUCUGGAAUUCCGUUUCCGCUUUAGGGAGUGGACGGUGAUUUUUUUUUUUUUCCUAUUUACGAACCAACUUUUAUUCCCACGGCAACUCCGAUAGUUUUAAGCUAACUUUUCCUGGAUUUUUAAACAUCGUAACGACGAUGGCCUCCUCACCUCAGAAGUCCCCUUCCUCUCCGAAAUCUCCAACACCUAAAUCCCCGUCUUCCAGAAAAAAAGACGACUCUUUCCUGGGAAAACUUGGUGGAACUUUGGCGAGAAGGAAAAAGGCAAAAGAAGUGUCCGAGCUUCAGGAAGAGGGGAUCAAUGCCAUCAACCUUCCUCUCAGCCCUUCUCACUAUGAACUGGACCCUGAGGACACCAUGCUGGAGGAGAAUGAAGUGCGCACCAUGGUGGACCCAAACUCUAAGAAUGACCGCAAGCUGCAGGAGCUCAUGAAGGUUUUGAUCGACUGGAUAAAUGAUGUUCUGGUGGGGGAGCGGAUCAUUGUGAAGGAUCUGGCUGAAGAUCUGUAUGAUGGGCAGGUUCUGCAGAAACUAUUUGAAAAGCUUGAAGGUGAGAAACUCAACGUGGCAGAGGUCACCCAGUCAGAGAUCGCCCAGAAACAGAAGCUGCAGACUGUUUUAGAACGCAUCAACGACUCGCUCAAACUCUCCACCAGAAACAUUCGCUGGAAUGUUGACUCGGUUCAUGCCAAGAGUAUAGUUGCCAUCCUGCACCUGCUGGUGGCGCUGUCACAACACUUCAGAGCACCGAUCAGAUUGCCAGAUCACGUUUCUAUCCAAGUAGUGGUCGUCCAGAAAAGAGAGGGCAUCCUUCAAUCCAGACAAAUACAAGAGGAAAUCACUGGCAACACAGAAGCUUUCUCUGGCAGACACGAGCGCGACGCCUUCGACACCCUCUUCGACCACGCUCCAGAUAAGCUCAAUGUUGUCAAAAAGACACUGAUCACAUUUGUGAACAAACAUCUGAACAAGCUCAACCUAGAGGUGUCUGAGUUGGACACACAGUUUGCAGACGGUGUGUAUCUGGUGCUGCUGAUGGGGCUGCUGGAGGGAUACUUUGUGCCACUCUACAACUUCUUCCUCACGCCAGAAAACUUCGACCAAAAGGUGCAUAAUGUGUCCUUCUCCUUUGAGCUGAUGCAGGACGGAGGUCUGGAGAAACCAAAGCCCCGGCCAGAAGAUAUAGUGAACUGUGACCUUAAAUCAACCCUGCGCGUCCUCUACAACCUCUUCACCAGGUACAGGAACGUAGACUGAGCGCCACGUUGUAGCAAGAGGGAACACUUUUUUAACCACGGACCACACGCUAAAGCUUCAAACAUAUGAUUUUCAUUCUAAUCAUUGUAGAAAUCUGUUGUUUGUUUUUUUUGUAGGAAUGCAUGCGUCACAUUUGUUCCCGCUGGAUAAUGUACCGCACAUAAGUCUUUAACUUGUUUCAUACAUUGUUCAUGUCACCAGCCUAAAUGUUUGGCUUUUAUUGUAAUCCAGGCAUUGCCACAAAACCCUACACACAUAUAUUGAUGAAAUAAGAUAGCUACUGUUAAUGUUGAGUCAUAGAGGUCAUCCUAUAACUUCUUUUUGUAUAGCUAUCACGAAGGGCAAAUUUUAAGACAAACAACAUUUGUAUCUUUUAAUUACAGAGAAGAAAAUGUUAAAACUGUAUUUAUUGUACAUUUUUUUGAUACACUCGUUCCUUCCUUCUUCAUUUCGUUCUUUCUUCCUUUCUUCCCCAGAGAUUUCAUGUCUUUGUGUCAUUCAUAAGUGCCUUUAUUUAAACAUGUGAACACUGUCCCCAAAUGUCUUAACGCUCCAGAUUUCCUCUUCACUGAGGAACAUUUGAAAUAUUUGACCAAAGCUUUGUUGUACUCACACUGUAAAACACAUAACGGCUUAACUCAGCAGCAGCAGCAGCAGCGGCCACUUAACAUGUCUCUCUUUCUUGUUUUUUAUGUUUCAUGUAUCUUGUUUUAUACUGAGGUACAUCACCUUUAUCCUUAUAAUCACCGCUCUGCAGGACAAAUGAAAUCUGACUGAAUAUUUGACACUAAUCUGGGCAACAACUUCUAUGUAGCGUUCUACUUCCAAGGCAGUCUAAUUUCCUCUAACAACAAAUGCAAUAAUGAUCAAUUGUUCGGGCUGCCAACACAUUUUCUAUCAUGUAUCUAUUUAUGCUUUAACGCAUUACGUCCAAUAAAUUGUUCA